AUGAAGGUGGAAAAGGAUGAGGAUGGUUCCCUAAUUCCGAAACACUACGCGUUUUCUUUGCUUGCGAGGGUUUCUCUUCGUGGCGGAGGUGAUCGGCGAGAAGGGCGGCGUUUCAGAUUCAAUGAAAUUGGGAAGCAGGGAUUCCAUGGGGAAUUUCAAAGAAGAAACGAGUACUAUCAAGAUCGGUUUCUUGAUAGGAAUUUUGAUGGAGGCCGUGUCCGUGAUUGCAAAGGUAGGUCGGAUGUUAUGCAUGGGGAAAUCAAGAAAUUGGACCUCGAGGUUCGUAGAUGCCAGUCAGGGGUUUCAUCCCCUCCGAGUAGGAAAAGGAAAUUGUCGCAGAUUCUAUCUGAUGGAGGUGAUGAUGAGCAAUCUCAGAACAUGGACUCUGGAAGAAAGAAUCAUUCGGUGGUGGAGGAUGGUGCCGAUCCAAACCGUGUUUUUGAGAAGUUUGAUGUUGAACUGCCUCAGAACCCUGUAAUUGAGAUGGAGGAGGAUCGUGUCCACACAAGGAACAUCUCCACAUCAAGAUGGGCUGAUGUUGAUGAUGAAGAUGAUGAAGCCCGAGCGGUAUCAAGUCCUGAGGUUGGUGAGAUAGUCACUAGAGGGAGUUCCAGGUCAUCCGGAGCCAAGUCAUCACAAUCAGAACAGUCUGGCGCUUCACAUAGUGAUGGACUGAUGGAUGUUGAUGGUGGUGAUGAUGUUGCAGAUUUUGAUUCAUUGGAAAGCUCACCACCAAAAGGUAUAAACAUGUUGCAAGGUUGCCGCAGUGUAGAUGAGUUUGAGAAGUUGAAUAAGGUUAAUGAGGGUACUUAUGGAGUAGUUUAUAGAGCUAGGGAUAAGAAAACUGGGGAGAUUGUGGCUUUGAAGAAGGUGAAGAUGGAGAAGGAGAGGGAGGGGUUUCCCAUAACCUCUUUGAGGGAGAUCAAUAUUCUUUUGUCUUCUCACCACUCUUCUAUUGUUGAGGUGAAAGAGGUAGUCAUUGGCAGCAGUCUUGAUAGUAUUUUUAUGGUUAUGGAGUUCAUGGACCAUGAUCUCAAGGGUUUGAUGGACUCGAUGAAGCAACCCUUCAGCCAAAGUGAUGUGAAGUGUUUGAUGUUGCAAUUGUUGGAGGGUGUCAAGUAUCUUCAUGACAAUUGGGUGCUCCACAGGGAUCUCAAAACUUCAAACCUUCUUUUGAACAAUCGUGGCGAGCUGAAAAUUUGUGACUUUGGGUUAUCCCGCCAGUAUGGGAGUCCAUUAAAGCCAUAUACUCAGUUAGUUGUGACUUUGUGGUACAGGGCACCUGAGCUUUUGUUAGGAGCAAAACAAUAUACAACUGCUAUUGACAUGUGGUCACUGGGUUGUAUAAUGGCUGAACUUCUUACGAAGGAGCCAUUGUUUAAGGGGAAGACUGAAAUGGAUCAACUUGACAAGUUAUUCAAAAUGCUUGGCACGCCAAAUGAUGGGAUAUGGCCAGGAUUUUCAAAAUUGGUCCAUCCCAAUGUUAAAUUCACGAAGCAGAAGGGUGACAAGCUGCGUGAGAAGUUCCGUCCAACAUUCUUUUCUGGGCAUCCUGUUCUGUCUUUAGCUGGUUUGGAUUUACUGCACAGACUACUAUGUUACAAUCCUGCUGAGCGGAUUACUGCAGAAGAGGCUCUCCAGCAUGAGUGGUUUCGUGAAGUUCCCUUGCCGAAAUCAAAGGAUUUCUUGCCAACUUUUCCCUCUCAAAACACAAGGGAGCGAAAUCUUGGAGCUACCCUUGAACAAAAACUUUUCCACCUUAAAUGAUAUGAUGCUUCUCCCACACUUCAUGUGUACAAUAAGUACUUCUUUCUGUGCGCUUCAGGUGUCUCCAAGGAACAACAACCAUACUGUUGCAGUUGGCAUUGGGGAGUUGCAGCUAGCUUCUCCUCAGGUGCAAGUCAUGUGAUACCAAAGUUAUGGCAUUUUGCACUUGAGGACAUAACUACAACUGGUGGCAUUGGAGGACCUGUGUUUUUUCUACAAGGUUCUACCUUUUAUUUCAUUGUUAGAUGAGAGACAUACACUUAUAGCUAAGUUUUUACCUUGUGCUAGUGUUAGUGGCAGACAACAAUCGAUGAUAUUGUCUAUCAGGCUCAUGAUGAUUCUUUUGGUGGAUAGUUUAUCUUUUCUGCUACACCAGGGAAAAAGGAAAAAAGAAUCCUAUUGCAGAGAUGAUGUUCUCCAACUGUUGUUAAUCCUCAGAAAUUUUCAUUUUAUGGCCCUUCACUCAAGGUGUGGCAUAUCAGUCUUGAUUUUUGAUAUGACUAGUUUCAUCUGCAAAUUGUAACAUAUUGCUCAUUGAGAUCUUGUAAAUAAGAACUUGUCUGUUAAUUCUUAUGAUGAUUUUCAUUACCAUAUUAUUUAGCCCUAGUUAAUUUCCUUGUCAUCUAUGUCUGUUUGCAAGAGUUGAAUGCCUUGAAAUUGAAGGGACACAUGUUGGUAUUGAAUCUCAGAAACUAGUGGUCAACUUUGGAAAGGUAUAUUUCUUUCUGAUGCCCUUCAAGCUGAUGCUGUGACGGGUAAAAAUUUUUUUUGGCAGAGCCCAUUCCUCUUCCUUCUUUUUAGCUUUCAUUAGAAGCUUUAUUUUGGUGAAUGGUCAUUUUCAGACAAUAGCAUGCAUGUUGGGAGUAACUACAUCUUUAAUCCUUACGUGUUGUGCCGGAUUAUAUUAUUUUAACUAUGACAAUACUUGCAUUUUUUCUUAGCUUGAAUUCCUAUUUAUUGACUACGGAAUAACUAUGAUAACAGUGAUGGGCAAUUAAAAUCCUUGUUUGUGCUAACUUGUUGUGGAAAUUUGUGGGAUUGAGAAAAUUGGCUGCUGUAGGAUUGAAAUCUUAACUUUUUGAUUAUUUUUCCCCUUAAUUUCAAAUGGAUGAGGAUACUGUCUAGUGGUUUAUUUUGUUGAAUGAUUCCUUCAGAUUGCUUAAAUCCUGGGGUGUGGCUUACUUAAAAUAUUGACUAGUGACAUUCAGAAGGAAGUACUAUAGUUAACAAACUUAAGAGGCUGUGGAUGGACUUCAUUCCUAUUGUAGCUUCAUUUGUCCUGAAAGGAACUAAAGUUGUAUGUUGCUCCUUUUUUUUAUUUAUUUAUUUUUUGAAAGAUGCACUUUAUAUGCACUGUUUACUUGUUAAGAAUCUGCAUGAUCACAGAAAUCUGUUUUUCUACAUAGUUAAGGUAUCCCUGCUCUGUAUGUUUUCUUACUAAACUCUGUUUCUCAUCUGCGUUGUGUGGGCGGGUGUAUAUAUAUGCUUGUGCUCUCCUCUUUUGUUCUUAUGCAGGAUGUUUUGUUUAGAUGGAAAAAACAGUGAUAAACUAGUUGUUGAUCAUCUCUUGAGAAUCAGUUAUAUUCAAGUAAGAAUGAGCAUCCCAAAGUUAUUUUUUUCUUUGUUUCAUGUAGAUCUCUGGUCUUCAGGCAUUUACAUGGAUCACUAGAUGUUGAAAUCAUGGACAAGCAGGCCAGAAAUAUGUUUUGAUAUGAAAUUUCGCCCUCGAUGUUUUGUUUUUUGUUUUGUUUUGUUUUUUUUUUUUUUUUUAGGGGUUUAAGCAGAACAGGUUUGCAUGUGAGUUAACUGUUUUACAUUUAUGCAUCUGCUUCUCCCAUGUCUCA